AAGCACAACCGAAACCAGGUAGGCGCGUCGCAAUGCCAGGCAUUCCGAAAGUAGCUUACGUAGUUUACAAUGACGGCUACCGUGCGAUCGUGGAUGUGAAGCGCAUCAAAGAUUUCAGUCCGCGCACGGUAACCGACGUUGCAAAAAACAAGAAAGUAUAUUGGAAGACGGAAGCAGGCGGCAAAAUUGAAGAGGACUUCUUUCCUGGCGAGGUCGUCCUACUCGGAGCCAACUUCAAUGACCUCGUGGCGAAGAUGGCCAAAAAACGAUGGGCCGUACCUGACAACAUCUUCUACGAGACAGAACCUGAAGAAAACGUCUCAAUUCGGAAGCCCACAAAAAAAAAGCACCGAAGGUUGGGGCAACGGAGGCCGAAGAGAGCCCACAGCAGCAGCUCAGAUGAAGACGAGGAGAUGGUGCGCAUCAGCCUCCUCCACAAACAAAAAGAAGCAAAUAAGGAGCUGAGGAGGAGGAACAAGCGCCUCGAGGAAAGGAUCGAGGCGCUAGAGGAAAAAAACGGCAAGCUACAGGACCUGCUGCACAACAAGCUUGAAACGUGGUUCUGCGGCACAUGCUGUAACCAUGCGCGGACCACAGCUGGAAAUGGAGCUGACUGCACCAGCAACAGCUCUAUUCAAGAAAAGUCGCAGCUUGUUGAGCUGCCUUCACCGCAGCCACUGCAGCCAAUUGAGCGGCCGCCUUUGCCGCAGCCCCUCCAGCCAUCACCUCCACCACAGCCUUCACCGCCACCACAGCCUUCACCGCCACCACCGCCAUCACCGCCAUCACCACCACCACACCCAUCAUCACCCCCUCGGCCAUUCUUCCCAGUGCAGCAGUCCCCAGUAGCGAUACCGGAGCCGCCACAACAGCCAUGCCCACUGAUCCCACCCACACGACAUCCUGACACUGGCACAAACGCUUCCCAGGAAUUGACAAGCCAGGAUGCGGGUGCCAGUGCUCAGCUGCCGCUUCCAGUGUUGUCCCUCAGAAAUGAUGAGGUCCACCUGGGAAGCGGCAUUUUUAUCAAGGAGGAGCAGUGGGAAUGGCUGCUGUCGCGGCCGAAGGAUUCGCUCUUCUGCAAAGAAGCAACAAAGCUCCUGUGGGGCAUCCCUGACCUUCGAAACAGGAGCCUCACAGGAGCACCUUGUCGGCGCUUCGUACGCAAGGAGGAAAAGCAGCUGCCUCCGAGGAGGGCCCUGACACCACGAAAGCUGCAGGCUGUGGCUAAUGGAUUCACAGAGUAUAUUAAAAAAAGGCCCGCUGACCAGCCCGCACCCGACCGGCUAAAAAAAAUGAACAGAUACAUAGCUGAGAUGCUGAACGACCUCAAUAAACUCUGA